UGACAACGUAACGCGCUCUGCCAUUUGACUGCGCAUUAUCACUAUGGGGAGUUAACGUGAUGUUAAUGUCAGUGUUUCUUUUACAUUUCGCGAACUCUUCUAGUCUGUGAAGUGUGGUUAGCUCUUGUAGAAGUCUGACAAUUGAAGCCAUGAGGCGGAGUAAGGCUGAAGUGGACCUCUACGUUUCCUCCUUACAGAGUUCCUCUCCUUCACUCAAAGAGAAGCCAGUCAGAGGAUUUCUAUUUGCCAAACUGUACUUUGAAGCAAAAGAAUAUGAACUUGCAAAACGACAUGUAUCAGAGUAUCUCAAAGUGCAGGAGAGGGAUCCCAAAGCACACAAAUUCCUGGGACAGCUCUAUGAAAGAGAGGGAGAGAUCAACAAGGCAAUCGGUUGCUACAAGCGCUCGGUGGACCUGAACCCGGUUCAGAGAGACCUGGUGCUGAAAGUUGCCGAGCUGUUCGUUGGUAAGGGAGACUGCGACAGCAAAGCUGAGUUCUGGGUGGAAAAAGCUGCAAAGCUCAUGCCUGGGAGCCCAGAAGUCUUCAACUUAAAGGAGCGCCUGUUAAGCCGUCAGGGCCAGCAGGGCUGGAACCAGCUGUUCGACCUCCUCCAGACUGAGCUGGCAGCCCGGCCGGCCGACGCUCUGGUGAAUGUAAAGUUGGUUCAGCUGUUUUGCCAGGAUGGUCGGCUGGAUGAGGCUGUCGAACAUUGUCUGGCUACUGAGAAAAAGGGCUUGCUGCGCAACAGUCUGGACUGGUACAACGUGCAGCUGAACACGUUACAGGAGUAUCUGGAUCAGCCCAGCGUUUCAAAUAAUGAGAAGAUGUGUCGACGUCUCCAAAGAGAAGUGCUGCUGGCGCACUGCAGCCUGCUGCGAAUCAGACUAUCCGAGAGCGGCGUGCAGCCAAGCGUCGACGCAUUCAGGAGUUUCGACCAAGCUAUGCAGGCGCUGAGCGGCGUCGCCGCGCUCUUCACCGAUGAACUCCUAGAGGCGUUUGUGGAGAUGAGGGCUCACCUGUACCUGCAUGCCGCCACGCUGCUGCUGAAAAUGGCUCAGGACCGGCAGCACGCCUGGAGAGCCGUUAUCGACCUGGCCGCGCUCUGCUACCUGCUGGCAUACCAGGCUCCCAGACCAAAGACUAAAGUGACCAAAAGGGACCAGUCGGCGCCGCAGCUGCUGGAGCUACUGGCCAGCGACCGGCAGAGUCAGGCGGGACACAUGCUGUUCAACCUGAGCGCCGACACCUUCACUCUGAUAAGAGAGGUGGUGGAGGCGUUUGGGAACCGUAGCGGUCAGGAGUCUCUGUUCGAGCUCCUCUGGGGUCCGCAGGCUUCCCCCGCGUCCUCGUUUAUCGCCAACGACGACAUUCACUCGCUCAGCUCAUUGGGUCCAGAGCUUUCCAACCUGGUCAAGUGGGACUCAGGCUCCAUCUUGCUGCACGGCGGGGAGCUGCAGCACCUGAGCUGGCUGGGGCUGCAGUGGAUGCUGCUGGACCAGAGGCCGCCCAUGCGCGACUGGCUGCAGCAGCUGUUUCCCAGGCUGACGCUGGAAACGUCCAAGCUUGACACCAACGCGCCGGAGUCGAUCUGCCUGCUGGACUUGGAGGCGUUUUUAUGCGGCGUGGUUUUCUGCAGCCACUGUCAGCUUCAGGACACGGCGAGGAUCAACCGCAGCCUGAGCCCGCGGCAGCAGCUCUUCGAGCCUCGCUGCCUUCCUCUUCCUCUGCUCCGCCUCCUCGCCACGCAGCGGCAGAGGGAGUGGUGGGGCGCCGUCUACAGCCUCAUCCACAAACGAGCCGUUCCCGGUACGUCGGCCAAACUGCGGAUGAUUGUGCAACACGGCCUGAACACGCUGAGAGCUGGAGAGAAACACGGGCUCCAGCCGGCGCUGAUGAUCCACUGGGCUCAGAGUCUGAGCCAGACGGGCGAUGGCAUGAACUCGUAUUACGACCAGAAGGAGUACGUCGGCCGCAGCGUCCACUACUGGCGGGUUGUGAUGCCGCUGCUGGAGAAAAUAAAAAUCAGACGAAGCAUACCAGAACCGCUGGACCCUCUCUUCAUACACUUCGCCUCUAAGGACAUUCAGAUUUCCGCUGUGAAAGGUUAUGAAGAUGAAGCGAAAAUCGCGUACGCCGUUCUUCUGGACAUCGAAGGCAGAACUGAGGAGGCGAUCGCGACUUUAGAAAGCAUCAACAACAUGUCGUCGAUCUGGCAUUUAGCGCAGAUUUAUCAGCGGCUGGCAGAGGAGGCCAGCAACGGCGUGGAGGAAACCCAAGACAGGUGUUUAACUUUCUUGAGGAAGUUCAGGAACUACUUGUCAAAAAUCUACAACGCCAACGCAGACGACAUCGAAAGGCUUCCUGUGUCCAUGGAGGAAGUGUUGGACCUCCUGAACGACGUAAAUCAGCAGCUUGGCGAAACCCAGGAGCACAUGGAAGAGGAGGAAGAGGAGCAGGAGGUGAACCUUUGGCGAGGACCGACUCACUCCAGCCCGGCUCGUCUCACAGAAACCAGCGCCACCAUUUCGCACAUCAAGUUUGCUUCUCCCUCUCCGAGCAAAAGCAUCAUUUCUCCUUCCAAAAGAUUGAUUUCACCAAAGACACCACCUCAUUGGGUUGAAGACCAGAAAAGUCUCCUUCAGAUGUUAUGUCAGCAAGUAGAAGCCCUCAAGAAUGAGGUUCAUGAUCUCAAACACAACGCGUCAGUGAACUCCGGCUCGCCUCACCAUAAGAUGUAUGGAGACGCCUACAGAAACGAGAGUUUGCAGGAGCCGUUCACCCCGGUCCAGUCCUACCACGGAGCCCCACUAACUGUUUCCACCACAGGCCUUUCUGUUAAUUACAACCAGUCUCCUGCCUACAACUCCCAGUAUUUACUGCGGACAGCGGCAAACGUCACCCCCACCAAGGGUCCAAUGUAUGGGGUGAACCGUAUGCCCCCCCAGCAGCACAUGUAUGCCUACCAGCCGCCCACACACACGCCUCCGCUGCAGACCGCCCCGUCCUGCAUCUACCCUCCGCAGGAACAAGUCUUCGGUUCCCCCCUUCGGUUUGAAUCUCAAGCCACAGGCCUUCUCUCUCCAUACAGUGAAGAAUUUCAUGGGCAGAAUGUCGCCCCGCAGACUAUUAACCCCACUCUGCCUGAGCCUGGCUACUUCACCAAGCCGUCUGUCGCCCCCGUUCAGCCGCCGAAGGGCGUUGAGGGGAAGCCUGUGGACUUUGGGAAGCUUUCCUUCAGCCAGCAAGCUGCAGCUGACGUACCCAGAGUGCCAAAUUUCGGCGCAGGGGCAGUUGGCCUGGCUACAACCUCACCUGCUUUUAAAUUCAAUGGUUUUCCCAAAUCCUCUGAGAGAGAUUUAAGUUUCUGUUCGCCCCAAACCAAGCAAAGUGAAAGUUUGCUCGACCUCCUCACUUCAGACCUCCCCCCAAAGCCCGACUCGUUUCCAGAGAAGCCGUCGGCCCACGAGCAGCCCUCAGGCCACCAGAACAUCUUCACCUUCGGAAAUAAAAACAUAAGCAGCUUCUCGUUUGCAGAUUCCACUCCAAACGCGCCAGCUAGAAGUUUCUUUGGGAAGCCGGAGCAACCGUUUAAGUUUGGUGAAGCAACGGCGUUUGGCAUCGGCAAGACGCCAGAGCUGGAGAAAGCCGCAGAGAGCGACGAGAGCACACACGUUGAGGAGGACGAAGACGGUCCUCACUUUGAACCGAUCGUCCCUCUCCCUGAUAAGGUGGAUGUGAAAACAGGUGAAGAAGAGGAGGAGGAAAUGUUCUGCAACAGGGCAAAGCUGUACCGAUUCGACACGGAGACAAAAGAAUGGAAAGAACGAGGAAUCGGAAAUAUUAAAAUCCUGAAACACAACACUAAAGGGAAGGUCCGCCUCCUGAUGAGAAGAGAGCAGGUCCUUAAGAUCUGUGCAAAUCACUACAUCACUGCAGACAUGCUGCUGAAACCCAACGCUGGCUCGGACAAAUCCUGGGUGUGGAACGCCAUCGACUAUGCGGAUGAAGAGCCUAAACCUGAACAGCUGGCCAUUCGCUUCAAAACUGUGGAUGAGGCGGCUCUUUUCAAAACCAAGUUUGAGGAAGCCCAGCAGGUGACGAGCAAAUCACCAGAAAAACAGCAAGAGAAGAAAGAGGAAACCCCCAAAGACUUGGGUUUACUGGCUUCUCGGUUCGCUCUUAAAGAAGGCGAGUGGGACUGCGCCGUGUGUGAUGUACGAAAUAAAGCAACGGCUGCGCAGUGUGCAGCAUGCAACACUCCCAAUCCACAGUCUUCAUCUAAACCAGAACUUCAGGCUACUACUGGAGCCAAAACCAGCCCAUUUAGCUUCAAGUUUGGUACAGAUUCAUCAAAGCCCAGUGGUUCAACCUCAACAUUUACAGGAUUUGGUGCUUUUGGAACUUCAGUUCCCUCCUCUUUUACAUUCGGGAUGAGCUCCUCAAAACCUACCGACAAACCGGCUGGUCCAUUUGGUUUCAGCUUUGGUUCACAAAUUCCCACAAAGCCAGAGCAGUGGGACUGUGGCAAGUGUUCUGCAAAGAAUGAAGCAUCAACAGACAGUUGUGCUUCUUGUAAAACUCCUAAAACUGCAGUCAAAAAAGACGAGGCAGCACAAACUGCUCCAGCACCAGAAGCUCCUGCUGCACAGUCCUCUGUAUCUGCAGUCGAUGCUGGAUUUGCUGCACGCUUCAGCAAAAAGCCAGGACAGUGGGACUGUGAUGUUUGUGAAGUGAGAAAUGAAGCCUCUGCAAGCAAAUGUGUUUCCUGUCAAACUCCAAACCCAGCUUCAAAACCAGCCACUGUGGCUCCAGCAGCUCAAUCAUCCACUGUGGCUCCAGCAGCUCAAUCAUCCACUGUGGCUCCAGCAGCUCAAUCAUCCGCUGUGGCUCCAGCAGUACCAGCUGCACCUGCGGUAUCAGGGUUUCUGGCAGAUUUUGCCAAGAAAGACGGACAGUGGGACUGCAACGCCUGUUUGGUCAGAAAUGAAGGGUCAGCAGCUCAGUGUGUUUCUUGCCAGUCUCCAAAUCCAAAUCCUUCUUUAGAGGCCAUGUUUGGCAAGAAGGAAGGAGAAUGGGACUGUGAGGCUUGUCUUGUGAGAAAUAAGGCCUCUUCCAAUGAAUGUGUGGCCUGUAAAACCUCAAACCCUAAUGCUAAAAGCACAGUCACAUCUGCUGCUUCUGCCUCGUCUUUCAGUUUCAACUUUGGAACCACGAGUUCAUCCAACCAGGCUGCUGGACCUGCAUUUACUUUUGGAAGCAGUGGUGCAUUUCAGUUUGGACAAAAUAAAGACAAAGCUUCAGCAUCUGCAUUCAAGUUUGAAACUCCUCAGGCUGCGCCAGCCACCACAACCUCCUCUGGAUUCUCUUUUUCAAUGCCCAUCCCAGCUGGUGGCUUCAAGUUUGGCGUUCAGGAUUCUGCAACAGAUUCGGCCUCAUCUAAUAAUCAAACUUCAACAGGGUCCGCUUCCAGUAUCCUCAAAAACAUGGCUGACAAACACAAGGAGAAAGAAAAUGUGUCUACGCCUGCCGUAGACCAAACGGAAAAAGAUCAAAAUCCUUUAAUUGCUGGAAAAGCCGAUGCGUUUAGUUUUGCAGACUUGGCCAAGUCCUCCGAAGGAACCUUCCAGUUUGGCCAGAAAGAUCCCAACUUCAAAGGUUUCUCCGGAGCAGGAGCGCAGGUAUUCGCAUCGCCACAGACGACCCCUACCAAGGCAGAGGCCUCAAACGAACUGGAAGACGACGGCAUGUAUAAAACGGAAGAACACGACGACAUCCAGUUUGAACCAGUGGUCCAGAUGCCUGACAAAGUGGACCUAGUGACUGGUGAGGAAGAUGAGCAGGUCCUCUACUCCCAGCGCGUCAAACUCUUCCGAUUCGACUCUGGCACCAGUCAGUGGAAGGAACGGGGUGUAGGAACCCUGAAGUUCCUUAAAAAUAACACAAAUGGCCGGCUGAGAGUGCUGAUGAGAAGGGAUCAAGUUCUGAAGGUUUGCGCCAACCACUGGAUCACCACCACCAUGAACCUUAAGCCGCUGGCUGGUUCAGACAAAGCCUGGAUAUGGAUGGCCAACGACUUCUCUGAUGGAGAUGCUAAACUCGAACAGCUGGCCGCCAAAUUUAAAACGACGGAGCUAGCAGACGAGUUCAAAGAGAAGUUUGAGGAAUGUCAGAGACUUCUUUUGGAUAUCCCUUUGCAAACGCCCCACAAGCUGAUGGACACUGGCCGAACGGCUCACCUCAUCAAGAAAGCAGAGGAGAUGAAGUCCGGUUUAAAAGACUUGAAAUCGUUUUUGACUGAUGAGAAGACGAAAAUCCAAGACGACGAAGUGCAGGGAGACAUUACUGCCGCGAGCGAACUUUCCAGUUUAGGGGUCAGGCCUCAUGGGGAAACAACAGGCCCCACCUUGGAGUGGGAUAACUACGACCUACGGGAAGAAGCUUUGGAUGACACUGCUGACUCAUCGGUCUACACCACCCCUGUUUCGAGCAGCCCCCUGAGGAAGAACCUCUUCCGCUUCGGAGAAUCCACAAGUGGGUUCAGCUUCAGUUUCCAACCCGGCAUCAGCCCAUCCAAGUCUCCUGCGAAGCUCAACCUGAGCAGGGCCUCAGAGGGUACAGACGAGGAGCAGGAUACAACUCAAGACGAAGAGCGAGACGGACAGUACUUUGAACCCGUUGUACCUUUGCCUGACUUGGUUGAGACUUCUACUGGAGAGGAAAAUGAGCUGGUGGUCUUCAGCCACAGAGCCAAACUGUACCGCUAUGACAAAGAGGUGAAGCAGUGGAAGGAGAGGGGCAUUGGAGACCUCAAGAUCCUGCAGAGUUUUGAGACCAAACGUGUGAGGUUAAUAAUGAGGAGAGAUCAGGUGCUCAAGCUCUGUGCCAAUCACUGGAUCUCAUCCGCCAUGAGGCUGGAGCUCAUGAAGGGGGCAGAAAAGGCCUGGGUCUGGAGUGCCUUGGACUUUGCCGAAGAGGGAGAGGGCAAAGUUGAGCAGCUGGCUGUGAGGUUUAAGAUGCAAGAGACUGCAAAUACAUUCAAACAGGUCUUUGAAGAGGCCAAGGCAGCGCAGGAAAAAUCCGAACUCAUGACUCCUGUGACGCCAAGACUCUCAGCACCAUCAGAAAGUGGACCAUCAGCAACAUCUGAAAGCACAACUACAUCUCUUUGUGGGCAAGCAGCUAUUGCUGUUCUGGAAGAGACGACACGGGAACGAACAGCCACUUCUCCGGCCGCCAGGUCGACUGCAGCUGGGUCUCAGAGUCCUGUCAAUCCCCUGAAGACUGUGGUGUCUCCACCGAAGUUUGUGUUCGGCUCUGAUUCUGUUCAGAAGAUUUUUGGCUCUCCUAAGUCAGAGUCCCAAGCAUCUGCAUCUGUGUCGGGGUUGACGGCCAAAGAUGGUGAAAGCUCAGUCAAGCCUACGAUUCCUGCGCCAGCAUUCAAAAUGCAUACAGGGCUGGAUUUUAGGCUUUUCAAAGAUAACCCAAUGGCCUUUUGGACCAGCACAUCCACCGUCCAAUUUGAAAGCCCAGGCUCUCCUCAGGCGGCGGCGGAGGCGUCCAGCUCGGGUUCGGAUGACUACUCCGAUGUGGAGAUCGUUUUCGUCAGAGAGCCCACAGCCGAGCAGGCGGCUUUAGCCAGGAAGCUCCUGCUGCCUCUCACCUUCUUCUGCUAUAAGAACGAGCCAGGCUACACCAGCGAUGACGAACCUGACGAUGAGGACUUUGAGUCGGCUGUAAGAGCUUUGAAUGGAAAGCUCUACCCAGAUCCCCCUGAAGCAGCAGCAGCAGCAGCAGCAGUCUGUGCUGAGGAGCCAGACUGCCAGUUUGUUUGGGAGAAGAAACCAACACCAGAGGAAGAGGAGCGGGCGAAGAGCCUCCAGCUUCCCCCGACGUUCUUCUGCGGCCUGAGCGCCACAGACAGCGACCCGGACAGCGAGGAGCCUGAAGACUUUGAGACGGAGCUACGCAAAGCCCAACAAGACCUGGUUGCCCAGUUAAACAGAGGUGAGCCGGUCUCCACCGAUCCUGCAGAACCCUCGCAGGCCUUGGCCUCGGGCCCGUCGACCAGCAGAGCAGAACCUGCAGACUGCAGACCCACUCCAGACGAUCAGCCAGGAGAAAAACCCACAGACACUCAGAAUGAAACUCCCAGCAGCAGCAGCAGCUCUCCUAUCGACCUGUCCACUAAAAAGAGCCCAGAACCAGAGUCCAGAGCCGACACCACAGCUGCUCCGGAUUCUUCCUCCUUUGGCUUCAACUCACUCGGUGGGUUUUCGUUUGCUGACCUCGCCAAAAACACAGACGGAUUCGCAUUUGGAUCUCAAGAUGCCAAUUUCUCCUGGGCGAAUGCCGGAGCAACUGUGUUUGGAGCUGCAGCUCCUACUGAGGCCAAACGCACGGCCGCCGAUGAGGGAAGUGAUGAAGAGGAGGCCUCCAACAACGUGGAUAUCUACUUUGAGCCCAUCGUUUCUCUACCGGAGGUGGAGACGAAAUCUGGCGAGGAAGAUGAAGAAAUCUUGUUUAAAGAGCGAGCCAAGCUGUACCGAUGGGACCGCGACCUCGGCCAGUGGAAGGAGCGCGGCAUCGGAGACCUCAAGAUCCUCUUCCACCCGACCAAACACUUCUACCGGAUCCUGAUGCGAAGAGACCAGGUGCUGAGAGUUUGUGCCAACCACACCAUCUCAGAGACCUUGGAGCUGAAACCCAUGAACACCUCCGCCAACGCACUCGUCUGGACCGCCACCGACUACUCGGACGGUGAAGGUGUGGUGGAGCAGCUGGCAGCCAAGUUCAAAACCUCAGAGUUAGCAGAGUCGUUCAGGAAGACCUUCUGCGAAUGUCAGAGCCGCAUCGGCCAAACCGGUGAUGUCUCGGCGCUGUCCAGAGUGCAGGAACACUCCAGAGACACGAACCCGCUGGUAUUCCUCAGGGUGGCAGCCGACGGCGAGCCGCUGGGCUCCAUCACCAUCGAGCUUUUCUCUCACAUCGUCCCCAAAACGGCGGAGAACUUCAGAGCGCUGUGCACCGGAGAGAAAGGCUUCGGCCUGCAGAACUCCGUCUUCCAUCGGGUCAUACCGGACUUCAUGUGUCAGGGAGGCGACAUCACCAAAGGUGACGGCACCGGCGGCAAAUCCAUCUAUGGCGCCGCGUUCGAGGAUGAAAACUUCGACGUCCGGCACACGGGGCCGGGCAUCCUGUCGAUGGCGAACCGUGGGCGUGACACCAACAACUCGCAGUUCUUCAUAACGCUGAAGAAAGCGGAACAUUUGGACUUCAAACACGUGGUGUUCGGCUACGUCCGGGACGGGAUGAGCGUGGUGCAGAAGAUGGGAGAGCUGGGCACAAAGGGCGGGGCUCCCGCCAAGAAGCUGGUCAUCACGGAGUGCGGACAGCUGUAGCUGCUCGGGAGGGAAGGUCCAGACCGUCGGCCUGGUCUGAGUUGGAAUGAAGUCGACUAGAAGCUGGGAAAACUGCAAGGUCCAAUGCACUUCCUGGACGAUCUGGGAACCUCAGUGGAGUCACUUUGGUGGGAGGCUUUCGAAGCAACAUCACUGCAUCACUGCAUUUUAGUCAUUUUUCAGAUGUUUAUUUUUCAUGCGUGUAUAAUUGUAAAUGGAACACUUCGUAUUGUUUUUGUUUAUUUCUAUGUGUUGUCCUACUUUUUUAUUUUUUUGAGGGAUUAUUAAAACAUACUUCAGCUUUGUUUGGUUUGUUUCCUCCACCACAGACGAACAUUUCCCUGUUUGUUUUUCUUUCAGUCAAAUGUAUUCACAGUGCAGAUAAUUGGACUUUCACCAGUUGAAAUAAUCUCAAUCUUAAACUGAUUGGUUUGGGGAUUCAGCGUCUGUACAGAUUGAGAGAUUACCAAGAAAAAUUGCUUGUUGUACUGGAAUAAUUUGCUGAUAAUUGAGAAAUAAAUUUGCUUUACACGUAA